AUGUUGCAAAACUUGUUGGUUGGCGGCACAGAUACUGCAGCUGCAGCGGUUGAAUGGGCUGUACAUGAAAUCCUCAAACAACCACGUACAAUUGAAAAGGCCAAAGCAGAACUCAACAGUGUGAUUGGAGGAAAUAGAUGGGUAGAAAAGGAUGACUUGACUCACUUGCCAUACAUAAAUGCCAUCAUCAUGGAAACAAUGCGCCUACAUCCAAUUGCUACAUUGUUAGGCCCCCAUUGUGCCAUUGAGGAUUGCAACGUUGCAGGCUACAACAUAUCAAAGGGGACAGUGGUCCUUGUCAAUGUAUGGAGCAUAGGGAGGAACCUAAACUCGUGGAAUGCGCCCCAAGAAUUCUUGCCAGAAAGGUUUGUAGGAAAAGAGAUCGAAAUGAUAACAGGAAUUGAUUUUGCUGUGUUGCCAUUCGGCUCGGGCAGAAGAAGAUGUCCCGGAAUCAAUCUCGGACUUAAGACUGUUGGAACCACGUUGGCUAAUUUGUUGCAUGGAUUUGAGCUGAAAUUGGAGGAGGGCAUGAGGCCUUAA